CCAUUGUCACCCGAGGGCUUCGAAGAAAAUCAACCAGAGCCUGUAAAACAGGUUAUAAGAGAAAUCCAACAGCAUUAUUCACGAGGCCGCAAUCGUUCGUUGCUGGUAGGCUCCCGCUCAUGGCUUUCCUGUAUUACAAAAGCCGAGAUUUACAGUGAAGAGGCUGAUGGCAUUAUCUGUGACCUGUUGCUGUUUGAUCAAGAGCUCGGAGGACUCCAUCUCUUUACCCUUUGCACCAGUGGAACAGAAACAGAGUCGUUAUCCUACGCCCAAACGACAGCUAAAGUUAUAAAGAGAGCUCUUGUGGUUAAUGGUGGCUGUUAUGAAAAGUUCUACAUCAGCUACCACUUGGUAUCUUGCACUGCAAAGUCGGCUGUGCCGCUUGAUGGAUUACUAUCUCCAGAUGAUCGAUACCCUGUGGAUUAUCAGCUAGAAACUCCACGAGGAAAAGUCAAGGAAGUUCUGAAAUCGCUUGUCAUCGUAUUGGCAAAGGUCCCCUCUGUCCUUUCCAAUAAACAGGGUAUCAGCUUCUUUAAUCUUUUGACCGUGGAACAAUUCCAGCUCUUCCAC